AUGUUACAAUUUCCAAAGACACACUCCCAUAUAGGUGCGUUGUCUGGGACAUAGUGGGAGAGAGAGAGAGAGAGAGAGAGUGUGCGUGUGUGUGAGUAAGGGAGUAAAGCCUAGAGUGAGAGAAGCAGAUAAGAAAGCAAGAACAGAAUGGGAAGAACCACUUCUUGUUUCAAAAUAAUCACAUGCGGUGGCAAUUCAGCUGACAAAGAUGAUCUUCAAGUUCCUGAGAACAAGAGUUCAAGCGACAAGCGUGGAUGGAGUUUCCGGAAGAGAUCUGCCCGUCAUCGAGUUCUCAGCAACACUGUCAUCACGGAAGCCCCUUUUUCUGCAAAUAAGGAGAGCUCAGAAUCUGCCAGUCUCAACUUCCAAUUACCAGAUACGACUUCUGUUCCAGAGAAGAUCUCUGUGAUACAAUCUACUGAUGAGAAACCUCAGUUGACCUUUGCAGACUCAAAAGAAUCUGAGACUAUUGUUGUCACUAAGGAUGAAAGUGAAGUUGAAGCCCCACUUGAAGAGUCUAUUGUUGUAGUCAUACAGGCUGCUGUCAGAGGGUUUUUGGCCCAGAGAGAACUCCUCAAGCGAAAGAAUUUAGUCAAGUUGCAAGCUGUUGUACGUGGGCACUUGGUCCGGCAGCAUGCUGUUGGAACCUUACGAUGUGUACAAGCUAUUAUCAAAAUGCAAGCACUUGUCCGUGCUCGCCGUGCUCGUUUGUUGCAAGAGGGGUCAUCUACAGAAAAGAAGAUAGAUGGGAAGCAUGAGAAGGCUAUUUCAAAGACUUUGGGGAAGGAAAAUUCAGUGAAGAAACCCGAUGUAACUUAUACUUCCAUUGAGAAGCUGCUUAGCAAUGGGUUUGCUCGUCAGCUAAUGGAAUCAACACCAAAGUCGAGGCCUAUUCACAUCAAGUGUGAUUCUUCAAAACCAAGUUCUGCUUGGAAUUGGUUGGAGAGGUGGAUAUCCGUUUCAUCAGCAGCACCAACACCACAACCAAAUUUAAAGACUGAGGAGGUGGAAAGAGAGAAUAAGGAUGAGAAUCUAUUUACUGUAGCAGAAACUGCAGUUCCAUCUGAAGGUUUUUCUGAGUUAGCAGAUUCUAAGUCCAAUAAGGAAACAGUUCUACCAUCAGAAACUGAUGAGAAUCAGAUAACUUAUGAUGCAGAUGACUCUAAGUUUCAGCAACACCAUCCGACCUCUUCUUUAUUAGGGGAUAAUUCAGUUCAGCCCCAGUUCAAUACCAUUAGUACAUCUACAUCUGAUGCAAAAGAGUCCUCAAUAGACAUAAAAUCUCUUCCAAAUCAAAAUAUGCAAUCUAAUGAAAAUUAUCAAAUGGAAAUUAAUUCUCAUUUUCAUAAGGCAGAAAUAGAAGGUGAAGAAACUGAUCAACCCAAGCGUUCUAUGAAAAGGAAUGCCUCUGAACAACUGGAGACUGAAGGAAAGAGGUUUGUAUUUGGGUCAAGAAAAAUUGGCAAUCCUGCAUUUAUCGCCGUCCAGUCCAAAUUCGAGGAGCUAAGUUCAACAGCUAAUUCAAAUAAAUCAUUCAGUUUGUCAUAUCAGGAUGGUGCAGUUGAAUCGAACAUGGACACAAUUUCAUCUGGUGCAGACACUGUGGUGAGAACAAAGGAGCUCAACCUGGUAGGAAACUCAGUUCCUAAUAAUUUGAGGGGUCAAUGUGGUGACUCUGAAUGUGGUACUGAACUUUCUGUUACUUCAACUCUUGAUUCACCUGAUAUAUUUGAAGUUGGAGCAACAGAAUAUGAGCAUGAAGCAAAAUCUUCAGAGAAAGAAACUUACAACCGUAACAGCACAAUAGAUGUAGUUGUGGAAGCUAAGGAUGUACCUACAGAUCCUGUGUCAAAUCCGUUUGACUAUUUAAUGGUUCAGCCUGAGAAACUUGAUACUGUGAAAGAUGAAUCCGUGGAUUCAGUUGUAGCUGCAGACUCCUUGCAUGUAGAGUUGAAGCCUGAAAGAAGUGCUUCUGAUGUCCAAAGAGAACUGUACUCUGAGACAGGUGGUCCUGCAUAUAGGUCAUCCCCAGAAGCUUCUCCAAGAAGCCAUAUGACUGUUCCAGAAUCCCAAGGAACACCUUCUAGUCAGGUUUCCGUGAAACCUAAAAGGAACAGAAGUGACAAGAGUGCUUCCAGCCAAAAACGCAAAUCUCUUUCAGCAGGUAAGAGAUCUCCAUCAAAUCCAAAUCAUGAUUCUGGUGCAAGAAGUAGUAUGGAACAAUUGCCUAAAGAUCAAAAGAAUGGGAAGAGGCGCAAUUCUUUUGGUUCAAGUAGGCCUGAUAACACUGAUCAAGAAGCUAGAGAUAGUAGCAGUAGUAGUUCUCUCCCUCAUUUCAUGCAAGCAACUGAAUCAGCAAGAGCCAAGAUCCAGGCAAAUAAUUCGCCUAGAUCAAGCCCAGAUGUGCAUGACAGAGAGUACAUCAAGAAGAGACAGUCUUUACCUGGUUCAAAUGGACGGCAGAGUUCUCCCUCCAUCCAGCGGUCAUUGUCUCAAGCACAGCCUGGUACGAAGGGAAAUGGCAGCCAUGUAGUUCAUGAGAAAAAAUGGCAGAGGUGAAUCGAAUUCCAAGUUGAUUGCGUGCAAGAUGAUGGUCCUUCACCAGAAAGAGAAAACUCGAUUGUUGAUCCACUGACAGGUUUUCUUCACCUCCAUUGCAUUUUAGUCAGGUGGUUGACCUCCGGAGUUCGAUGGGUAACUAUAUAUAUAUAGAACUUGUAUAAGGUUUUCUUGUAUAUUAUCAGUAUCUACCUAAAGAAGUUUAUAUAUUUUUCUUCUUGUCUGUGUUGGAGAUAUGGCUGGGUGCUUGUUGAAUAUCGUUUUGUGUGAUUUAUUGAGGCUUUUUAAACGUGUCUGUUUAGAGUUAUAUGUCUGGAAUUUAGACGGUAACUCUGGAAUGGAAAGCUUCAAUAUGUUGCCUCUGGUUUUGCUAAUAAAUUCUUUAUUUCCUUCUGUUGCU